CCGGGGCUGAGCGCAUGGAGAACUUCCGCAAGGUGCGCUCCGAGGAGGCGCCGGCGGGGGGCGCGGCCGAGGGCGGCGGCGCGGGCGCCGGCCCCUUCGCCGACCUGGCGCCGGGCGCCGUGCACAUGCGGGUCAAGGAGGGCAGCAAGAUCCGGAACCUGCUGGCCUUCGCCGCCGCCAGCAUGGCGCAGCCGGCCACGCGCGCCAUCGUCUUCAGCGGCUGCGGCCGGGCCACCACCAAGGCCGUCACGUGCGCCGAGAUCCUCAAGCGCCGCCUGGCCGGGCUGCACCAGGUCACGCGGCUGCGCUACCGGAGCGUGCGCGAGGAGUGGCAGCGCCCGGGCCCCGAGCCCGCCGCGCCCGCCGCCAGCCUCAGCGUCCUGAAGAACGUGCCCAGCCUGGCCAUCCUGCUGUCCAAGGACGCCCUGGACCCGCGCCAGCCGGGCUACCAGCCGCCGGGCCCCCAGCCCGCGCCCUCGGCGCCGCCCGCCGCCCGGAGGAGCCCCGGGGAGCCCCCCGCGGGGCAGGGCCCGGCCAAGCGGGCGCGGCCCGAGCCGGGGGCCGCCGAGGGGGGCCCGAGGGCCUGA